UUUGCAGCUGAGCGUUUUGAUAAAAUCAUGCAGUAGUCGUCAAGAAGCUAAAAGAUGAAGAUUUGUGGCUUCAUCUUUCAGAUUUUGUCAUAUAUCAAAGUAGUGCAAGGUUUGACAGAGAUUAGCGUCAAAUGCAGGUACAGAGUCAAUCUGCCGGAGGCGUCAUGGCACACAGCAUACGACGUGUGUGAGAAGAAUAACCAGACUCUGACAAAAAUCAAUUCAUUAGCUGAAGAGGAAAUUUUAAAGGACGUUCUGGAAGACGUCCAUAAGAUGAACAGUAAAAUAGAAAAUGAUUAUUCAGAUGUUUGGAUUGGUGGAAUUAUGCGGACAUCCAACAAUGAGAGUAUGUACCUAGACUGCAAAUCGUUUAAGCCUCGUCAUCAAAUUAUCAUGCCUGAAACGGAGCUGGAAGAUAAAAUAGCUUGUCUAUAUUUCAACCUCACAGAUAAGAGACUGUACGUGGAUAGCUGUGAAAGUCAUAAAACAUUCGUAUGCGAAAGCAAGAAUCAAGCUCCUUCAAAUUGCAUGAUGGUUUCUCAAACAAAAAGUUUGAAGGACGACUUAGUGUAUAAACUGGUUAAUGAUGGGACAUUUGGGCCUAAUGAAUGCUUACCUAGUUGCGUAUCUGGUUGCCUUGAUAGGCCCACAUGUUAUGGCGUAAAACUUACAGAACAAGGAUACUUUGCGAUCCGCUAUUCAAAAAACGACAACUCAUUUGUUGGGGACAUCUCGCACUUAACACACAAAAGUUUCUUUGUAUUUAGUAAUUAUAAAGACUCACCUAAUGCCUCGAAACCUAAACCUUUGUCUGAGUGGUGUCCCGAAAUGACUCCGGAGAUCCUUCAAAAGAAGAUUGAUGCUAUUCAAACUAAUUUAACCAUCGACAGAAAAAACACAACCAAGCACAAGCGUACUCUGAUAAGUGCACCAGAUGACAGGAUUUCUGCCAGGAACCUUGGAUUAGUCGGAGUAGUCGUCAUUUGUCUCGUCGUCUUUGUCAUCGUUUCUUUCGACUUUAUCACCUUUUUUCAGAUUUCCCGAAACAAACAGGUGUUUUAA